CUUAAAUAUAUAACGUUAAUUUUUUUUCUUCUUCCUUCCUUUUUGUUGUUGCUCAUCAUCUCUUUUACACCAUGACUGAUUACUUUAAACUCUUAAAUUCACCUUACUUUAGUAUUGGCUCCUUCUUAUUCUUUCAACAAUUAGGAAAGUUUAUCAAGUUGGAUAAUUAUGUAUCAAGUCUUCGACUUUUAUACUUGGGUGUACAAGUUACAAUUGUUGCUCUUAGUUAUCUCUUGAUUUACAAAAUUAGACAAAAGAAUGAUCAAACCGUUUUAAAGUAUGUUGAACCUGCUUCUCAAAGUUGGGAUGGUACCGAGACCGCCGAUCAAUUGAUCAAUACUACCGUUAUGGAUUAUGACAUUGCCGAAGUGCACAAGACUGUGAAGCAAUCUGCCAUGGGUAUUCUUCUCAUCACGUUCCUUCAUUUCAAGUUUGGUUAUGUUCAACCCUUGUUGGUGCAAUCUAUUCUUGGUUUCAAGACCUUUUUGAUGACUAAGGAAGUGCGUAUUCACUAUUGGGGUUCUCCCACUACCGGUGACUUGAAGCGUCCUUUCCGUUUAGAAGCUCCAUUUGGCAUGGUGAAUGAAAAGAAACAACCAAAGACUGACAAAGGCUCCAUCAAGAAAGCCGAAAAAGCCAUUAAGGCUGAAUAAAUUCUUAUCUUCUUUUUUUUUUGUAAUAAAACAAAAGAGAUGUGUAC